CGGCUUCUUGUUUGUGUCCACACUGCGUCGGGGGUGAAGCAAAUUCGUACAAAAAGAAAAUAAAAAGCGAAAAUGUGCGUGAAAUAGUGAAAAUGUGAAUGAAACAAUUAUGCACACGCACAGUGGUGAUAAUGUGUUGCAUUAUUAGUUAGAAGGACUCGCAAUAAAACGAUUUGCAACGUCUCCAAUGCGCUCACAUCGAACGGCGUCUGCCACCGACCCGACUCCGCCCUGCCCUGCAUACCUACAUAUGAAAAACCUGCUGCCGUCGGCCGUAAUUACAGUUAGACACUAAAAUAGCUGCACGGUCAGGUUGAGAUAAUUAAGGAACAAAGCGAGAGCGUGGCGACUGGACUGCAUUGCCCACGCACGCGGUUGCAAUUGCAAUGGAAAACGAAUCCGUCAAGUCCGAACACAGUGGACGCUCAAGACGCUCUCGAAAUCACAACAACAAUAGUAAUAGCGGCGGUGGUGGAGGCGGUAGUGGUGGCGGUGGAGGAGUAGGCGUAGGCGGAAGUGUGAACAACGGCUACCACAGGGAGCGAGAUCGCUCCCGUCAUUCCCAUCGCAGCACGCAUUCGUCCAAGUCGGGCAAAGGGUUCCAACGUGGCGACAUGGCCCCCUAUCAGACCAGUGUUAACAUGACCGGUGAUGAGAGUCGUGACGGCCAGGAGGUCAUAGAGGUGCAGAUUCUGCCCCAGGAUGAGAACUGGGGGGAGAAUACCACGGCCGUCACUGGCAACACCUCCGAGCAGAGCAUAUCCAUGGAGGACAUCAACAACAUGUGGCAUCGUGAGAGCGACAAAGGCUUCGGCUUCGCAUGUCGUCGCUAUAUAGAGUCGAGCUUCUACUUUUUGCUCGGCUGUGGGACCUUCUUUUCACCUGUAGCCAUGGUCGUGAUGCCGUACGUGGGAUUCUUCCCGUCGGCCUUUGAUCAUCCGGAGCUGACGCAGACGGUGCGCACCCAGCUUCUGGCCUGCAGUGAGCAAUGCAAGGGCCAGCUUGUGUCGCUGGCUGCUCGAUUGCUGCUCCUGGCCAUCGGUCUGUGGGCGGUAUUCAUGCGCCGCACCUCAGCCACCAUGCCGCGCAUUUUUCUAUAUCGGGCCAUAGUCCUCCUUCUGGUUACCAUCUGCACAUUCGCCUAUUGGCUCUUCUACAUCGUGCAGGUCACGAACGGAGCCAAGAUUGUGGUGGAAACAGGCGGCGAUGCUGUCGACUACAAGUCGCUGGUGGCCUAUGCCACAAACUUUGUGGAUACGCUGCUGUUCAUCCACUACGUGGCCGUGGUAUUGCUGGAGCUGCGUCACCAGCAGCCCACCUACUAUGUCAAGAUCAUACGCUCCCCCGAUGGAGUGUCGCGCUCCUACAUGCUCGGCCAGCUAAGCAUACAGAGGGCUGCCGUCUGGGUGCUGCAGCACUACUACGUCGACUUUCCCAUCUUCAACCCGUAUCUCGAGCGCAUUCCCAUUUCGAUCUCCAAGUCGCAACGCAACAAAAUAUCGAACAGCUUUAAGUACUACGAGGUGGAUGGUGUCAGCAACUCGCAGCAGCAGAGCCAGAGUCGAGCCGUUUUGGCCGCAAAUGCCAGGCGCCGCGACUCCUCGCACAACGAACGCUUCUACGAGGAGCACGAGUACGAGCGACGGGUGAAGAAGCGUCGCGCUCGUCUCAUCACCGCCGCGGAGGAAGCCUUCACCCACAUCAAGCGCAUACACAAUGAGCCCGCCCCAGCCCUGCCGCUGGAUCCACAGGAGGCUGCGUCUGCUGUCUUUCCGUCGAUGGCCCGUGCAUUGCAGAAGUAUCUACGUGUGACCCGACAGCAGCCCCGGCACACCUUUGAGAGCAUACUCAAGCACUUGGCCCACUGUCUGAAGCAUGAUCUGUCGCCCCGAGCCUUCCUGGAACCAUAUCUGACCGAGUCGCCGGUGAUGCAGAGCGAGAAGGAACGCCGCUGGGUGCAGUCGUGGUCCCUGAUCUGCGAUGAGAUCGUCUCCCGGCCUAUUGGUAACGAGUGCACGUUCCAGUUGAUCCAAAACGAUGUCUCCCUCAUGGUCACCGUGCACAAGCUGCCGCAUUUCAAUCUGGCCGAGGAGGUGGUCGAUCCGAAAAGCAACAAGUUUGUGCUCAAGCUGAACUCUGAGACAUCCGUAUGACACCAUCACAAUGCACCGCCCAUAAUCACGCCCACGCACAGCAAUCAGACACAAUCAUCCUACCUGCAUGUCUUUGUCUGAUGAGCUGUGUUCUUGUCCUAAAGAAAUUCUCAUUCCUGGAUGAAUUUAUAUCAUCCCAAAAAUCAAAUUGGAUCAUCAAUUAGCUAUGAAAUCGAACUUAUGACACCAGAAUAUCAAUCAAAUCAAUGCUCAAAUGCCCAGUGUAUCUAUCAUCCUAAACCGACACGAACACAUAUCACUCGUAUCCGUUUUAGCCCUCGAAACAUGACUUAAAAGUUCCCAAAGUAUUAAUUAUAAGAAUGAUGAUGGUUCUUCGCGAAGAGAUCAAUGCAGCAGCUAUUCAAUGUAGCUCUUUUAUACACGAUUUUUAUUUUAGAAAAUAUAUCUAGUGUAAAUUGGGUUUGCUACCCAUACGUAGCCCUUAAGAUUGAGAAUGGGGAAUGCAGCCAUGACGACCGACCCCUGAGAGAUGAUAUUCCAGAUGGAAUUUUAGCCAAGACUUGGACUUGCGCCGACAGUGGUUCGUUCACUCAAUGAUCCACUCUUUGCGCGACUCGCACCGAUUUUAUAGACGCACAUUUUAAGCCGAAACUCAAGCCGAUUAAUCCUAACUGUAACAGAUGACAAAACAAACUGUAACUCGAAUGCAACUGAUGACAAAUACAUAAUACUUUAAGCAAAGAGACUGCCUGAUAUGCAUUUUAUACAAACAAAAGAAA